AUGACACAGGCUUGGGACGACGCGGCUCCCCCUCUCCUGGGCUGGCCCCUCUCCACCGCCCAGGAAGCGGGAAAGGAGUGCGGGCCCCCACCUCAUCUAAGAAUGUCUGGUCCCCAGGCCUCAUGCCCGGCACAGGGGACCUCUGUCGGCACUCAAGUUCGUUCCCCUGUAGUAGAGAAGGAAGACCACAUAGGCGGCGCCAGUACAGAGUGCCAAGUGUCACACGGAGAGUGUGUCUCUUUCUUCCUAACCAAAGAGCAAAGCCACGCCCAGAUGAAUGAAUUUUCCUGGAAGGGUGUUGCCAGUGCCUUGUCCCUGGCCAACAUGAUCCUGGGGCUCUUCUCCAUCUUCUGCAGCUUCUGCAGGAAGUCCCCCUGUGCCUCCUGGAUGCUUUUGGUCAGCUUUCUAUUAGACACGGCUAUCGGGGCAAUGACCAGACACCUCAACAUCUGCUCCACAUCAGGAGCCGAGCUGAAUGACUUUGCUGUCUUCACCACCUUUGGCCUGGCCUCAGCCCUGCUUCCAGGCAUGGAUGGGCCUCUGAACGGCUUCCUGGCCAUCAUCUAUGUGUUGGCUAUUUCAGUCCGCCUCUGUUUCUAUUCAACUGGCAUUCCCUUCACAUACAAGGGUCUACCCUGCCCCUAUGCUUCCUGUGUUUUGGCCUCCACCUCCCUCCUGACCAAAGGCAACACAUUCAUUCUCUCUUGCAUGGCCUCACUCAUGAUUCUAUUCAUGAUGGACCAGAGCUACUACCCACAUGACAAAAUCCUGGAGUCUGAGAAAUGGAAAAAAAUGGUCUAUCUGGGAGGUGUCAUCAUGGUGUUUUUGUCUCCAUUGUCGCUAACUGCUUUUUACUGCCUGAUGUGGUCACUCUCCUACAUCUUCUUUCCAGAUGCUCUGUGGGGCAAGGCAGCAUGUCUUAAGCUGCAGCACCGAAGAUACUAA